CCGGACCAGCAACGUAAUUCUUUCGGCCUGCCACUUCGUCGAUUUUCGCCUCAGGUUCCUGUGCGUCGUGACUCCAUCUGCCAUGGUAACUUCUCUAUAUGCUGCAAAACUAUCGACGUUCAAGCCUCUAAGUCUACUACAACUGCCACCAUCACCUUUUUCGGAUCGAUCUAUUCAUCUAUCGAUAUUUUAGAUACACACUGA